CUUAAUGAUGUUUUGAAUGAUAAAAUUGUAAUUAUCUUGUAGUUUAGUGUAUUUAUUAGACAUGUCUCAUUUUCAAUUAUUAAUUUAAGCUUGAAAUUAACAUUAUAUAGGUAUUGAUAUUCUUGACAUAAACUGUAACAAUUAAUGUAAGAUUUAAGAUAAUUAAUGUAAGUUUUAAGAUAAUUUCCGUGCCCUAUCAGGGCCCAUGUGAAACAGAUUAUUAUGUUACACCUGUGUACCUACCAUGGAUGCAAUAAAUAUAUGAAUAUGAGCCAAGCGGCAUCGCGUGAGAUUAAAGUGCAUGCUCACUGUAUUUACUCCCCCCACUUUCAUUAAGAAAUGCUCAAGUUCCUACUUCUAUAAAUUAUAUGCAAUCUAAACGCGUAGUUAGUUGACGUUCGGUACCCGCCUAGGAACACUGAUAUAAAAUUAUCACUUUCCUCGUUAUUCUUGUAAACAAUGUACUCGAUAAUAUUACUUAUUGUUGUUUUCGCGUUAACCUUCCUAUAUCUCAGAGGCAAAUACAAUGAAAACUAUUGGAGGAAACGCGGCGUCGCUUUCUACGACAAAAAUAAAGUUUUCGGAAUUUUCUGGGACUUUCUCACCACCGACAAAGCUGUGUUUGAAAUCCUCAGUGAAAUAUACAAGAAAUACGAAAAUGAGCCUGCCGUGGGCAUCGGUUCGCUAAUGACACCGAGUCUCUACAUCAUGGACCCGCAGAACGUCCAGCACGUCAUGCAUACGGAUUUCCAAUCCUUCAGCUACAGAGGACCCCUAAUAAAUGAAGGCGAUGUGCUAGGAGACAACGUGCUUUUCAUGAAUGGACCUAGGUGGAAGUUGAUGCGACAGAAAUUAACACCAUUUUUCACUGCGGCUAAAUUACGUAAUAUGUACCAUAUUUUGGACAAAACUGCGCAAGAUUUCGUGGAGCAUUUGAAGCAGAAUCCACAGAAGUUGAAAGGAAACGGGUUUGACAGGGCCAGUGAGUUCUGUUCCGCAGCCAUCGCGGCAGCAAUCUUCGGGAUUAGGACGGAUUUUUCCUUCGAGUCACCGUUUCUGAAGAUGGCUAGAGACGCUUUUACACUCAGUUGGUUUACUCACCUUAGAUAUGCGGUCGCUAAUUUAAGUGAUUCAAUAAGCAAAGCUGUGGGUUUGAAGUUCUUUAAAGAACAGGAACCUUUCUUCAUUGGCGUCGUGAAACAGAUGUUUAGAGCUGCAGAAAAAGAUGAAAUUAAGAAGCAUUACUUUACCGAUAUCUGCUUGAGUCUGCGGAAGUCUGGAGUUAUGAAGGAUAUAGAAACGGGCGAAGAAUUGGAGCCCACUGACGAGAUUCUUGCUGCCCAAGGUUUCUUCUUCUACAUUGCCGGGGUCGAACCAACAGCCAGCGCCCUGUUUGGUGCUCUCACUGAGCUUGGAAAACACCCAGAAAUCCAAAGGAAACUGCAGAAGGAAAUCGAUGAAACUCUCGAAAAACACGGCAAACUCACUUACGAGGUCAUCUCUGAGAUGAAGUACUUAGAUCAAGUUUUUAGUGAAACUCUAAGAAUACAGACGCCUGUAGGCUUCAUAAACAGAAUAUGUACAAACGAUUCAGUGCUCCCAGUUGGUAACAUCAAAGUGUCUAAAGGCACAAAGUUGUACAUACCUAUUUUCGACUUUCAUUUUGACCCUAAGUACUUCCCAGAGCCUGAGAAGUUUGAUCCGGAGAGGUUUUCUUCAGAAAAUAAGAGUAGUAGUGAGAUGGCUUACUUGCCGUUCGGGAAGGGUGCGCGGGUGUGCAUCGGGAUGCGGUACGCGCGGCUGCAGGUGCUGGCGGGGCUGCUCCACCUGCUGCAGCACUUCCGCGUUCUGUCCCACCGCGACCCAGCCGCGAGGAAGUAUGCCAAGGGACAGUUCCAGAUGAGACGGACCGAUUACGAUAUUGAGCUCAUCCUUAGACAGACAGAAUAAGCUUUGGCUACACCUAAUUAUGGGUCGAAUAAUGAUUGUUCGAAUUUGUUAGUGUACUCUAACCAUAAGUGGCUUUCCAUCAUAAAAGGGUCCUUUUGUUCCAUGUGCAUAAGGACCCCUUUCAUCAGAAAAAGACCCUUCGUUGAUGGAAAGCCACUUAAAGUGUUUGUUGUUUUUUCCUGGUCAGACAAAGUUUUGCUAACUUUAUAGGUAUAAUAUAAAUAAUUCAGCAUAUAUAGGUACGUCCCACUGCUGGGCACAGGCCUCCUCUCAUGCGCGAGAGGUUUCGGGAGGUGAGUGUCGAAAGUCUUUAAAUUAUUUCUGAGGAACAAUAUUUGCAAGGGGUAAAAGGUUAUUCAACAAAACAUUGCUUUCAAAACGAAUCAUUAUUUAUGUAAUUUCUUGAAAGUGUUUAUCAUGGUUCUGCAAUGCAUUGAAAGUUGGAGACGAAUUCGUUAUUAUAUCACAAGAUGUAAAAAAUAAAUACUCAUAUUACCUAGUUAAACUGU